AAAUGUCUUUCGUGCGGUUCGGUUGACUAGUGUUAGGGUACACCCAUUCGCGCUCCUAACGAGUUCGUUCCACUGGGAACAGUCAGUCAACAAAAGUAAACAACAACAAUUGAAUAUGCGAACAUUAAGUAACAAUUCAGCAUACGUCCACUGUCCAUUGAUUCAAUAGUCAGCCACAACUUCAGAGACUCCGCGGAGAAUCUCUAAGGUAAUUGAAGGUCCUUCGCUGUUUGCCGGUUUCGAUGGACUCGCCGUUCAUGUUCCCUGGCCAUUUGCAUUGAUGAACUCUGGCACGAUGCGCGGCGUGCAUGAUAAGAACCCAAGCGUAAUAAUCAUCGAUAUUCAAAACCCUUAAAGCAAAGCACCAACAACAGCUGGCAAUAGAUCCCAUCGCCAGGACCAGACAGUUUGCCAACCUUUGAUCUCUGCGUGUGCGUCUGCCUCCGUCUCUGCCCCAAUCUCGGUGCGUUGGUGUCUCUGUGUGUUUAUGUGUAAAAGUGUGAAAGAGCGCAAAAUAAAUAUUAAAAGCAAAACGUGCAUGGAUUAGAAAUCAUAACCAGCCAGCAGCUUAAACGGCAGCAGGAGCAGCAGCAGCAGCGGCAGCAGCAGCUCAAAUAAUAACAAUAAGAACAACAACCACAACAACAAGGAGCUCUGCCCGUCGCGUUAGCUUAUUGAAACAGCUAGGAAAACAGACUUUGCCGCCAGCAGCCGGCGUCUGGCGCCGGAACUGUCUAACGGCUCAGCUCGAAAAAUGCACAGACACGUCGGAGUGGGAGGAAGUUCUAGAAUGCCCAGACCGAGGCAGGGCUGGCCCGCUCUGCAUGCCGUUUUCAAUAUGCUGGCUCUGAGCUGCAUUAUAAUCUCCGAUUUAUUGCUGAACGUUCAUGGACUGAAGGAUCUGAAGAUAUUUGUGCCGGAAGCCGUCAUCAUGGGCAACGCAGCAACAUUGUCCUGCCAAUACGAUUUGGAAAAGGCGGCGCUCUACUCCGUGCGCUGGUACUUUGGCCAAGAGGAGUUCUAUCGCUACGUGCCCCGCGAGCCCACGCCCACAUUUGUCUUUCCCGUUGCUGGCAUUAAUGUUGACCUAACCAAUUCGGAUGCAACGUCGGUCACCCUAAAGGGGGUCACACGGGAUCUCACUGGCAGCUAUCAGUGCGAGGUGUCGGAGGAUGCGCCGCUCUUUCAUACGGACAUUCGCUCGGCGCACAUGCAGGUGAUUGAGCUGCCCAAAGACGAUCCGGCCAUGCAGGUGGACAAGAAGGUGAUUGGCGUCAACGACAACUUCAAGGCCGUGUGCACGGUGGGGCCCUCCUAUCCGCCGGCGAACAUCACAUGGUAUAUCAACGGACGCAAGGUAUACAAAACGCCGCUGCAGCGCAUCACGCAGGACGCAUUCGAGGGCUCGACCACGUACUCCUCGCUAGAGAUCUAUCCACAUAGCCAGGUGCUGCAGGGCUUUUUCCAGGCGAUGCCCAAGUACCAGACCAGCAUACUGCUGCUCUGCGAGGUCUCCAUUCUGCAUGUCUUCCACAAGAAUGUUCAGCAACGCAUUGGGCUCAGCAUGGCGCCACCCACAACCAUUUCACCUAAUUUGCUGGGCCUCGAGGGCUCCAAGCGCUACGUCAAUGGCGAUCCGGACAAUUCAGCACUCACUGGCGCAGCACAGUGCAGCUGCAGUGCCAUUGGCGUGUUGACUCUGGCCGUGGCGACCCUGGUGGCGGCUCAGCUGUGACCGGAGCACAACAAUGGAUAUGCCACAUAAGCAAAUGGUCGAACAGACACAAUAAUACCAGCAGAAGAAGCAACAACAGGCACAGGCUUUGAGUGGGCAGCCCGUGAAGUGUAAUUAAAAAAUAACAAAUGCAAACAAUGCACAAAAGUGCAGCAAAAUUAUAAAAAAAAAGCCAAAAAAUACAAACAAAUGAAAAAACAAGCAAAAAAAAAAAUAUAAAAAAAAUAGAAAGGAAUGGUUUUUGGAAAACGUUAACGGACUCCCGUUGUGAACGCGGCGCUGCAUGUCCUUGUGGGUAACCCGUUCAAUUUCAGUUGUUGUUGUUGUUAGUUUAC